UUCAUACAUUCCAUGCUAGAUGCUGUCCAAGUAGAUAUAUUAAGAGGCAUCCCUACUGAAAAGUUCAAACAUAUUAGUAAGUUCGUAGCUGAACAGAUAAGUCAACUUCCAAAGGGAAGAUCGUGCAGAGCAAAUCGCUACUAUUCUAGUACUAGUGUUUAUACCAGAACUCUGAUACUAUCACAGGCAUUAGAAAAGAUAAUUGAGCUCAUUAAUAAUAUCCAGAUGGCGUACAGAGACAAUAAGUUCUUACAGUUGUAUACUCCAGAACUAAACAUAACAAUGAAGGACAUGGAAGAACAACAGUCUAAGUUACGUUCUAGGCUUCACCAAGACUCUAAUGUGGUUUACCCAGUUGAAGGUACAGACGCUUUCGAACUAUACUCUGCUAAAAGAGAUAUGUCUGCCUUUAGAAUAAAGGAGAUGAAGGGUCACGAUUCGGAGGACGAAGAAGCUGUGCCAUCGAAACUAUCAUUCAGUACUCUCAAGAUGUUCGUGCCAGAAGAAGUAAUGGGUGUUGGGGAUCGGGUCAAUAAUAUAGAGCCCCGAAAAUUUAUAUCAGAAGGAAUCAGUUUCUUGGAAGUUUUUGUAGUUGAAGUUUUCACACCCACAUUCUUUUGGGUGCACCUUCGUGAAAAUACAUAUGAAUUUAAAAAAUUGAUGAUCAAUUUAGGCCACUUUUAUACUCAGAAUUCUUCGAAAUAUUUGAUUCCACCAAUUGCAUUAGAGAAAGGUUUAAAUUGUGCUUGUAAAUACUAUGACAAGUGGCACAGGGCUAUCAUUGAAAACAUCACGCCGGAUUUUUUAAUUACAGUAUUGUUUUAUGACUAUGGUACAGUAAAAACGUGUUCCCGGAAUGAAGUCUAUUAUUUGCAUAAAAAGUUUUCCAAUUUACCAGCACAAGCAAUUCCCUGCGGUUUGGUUAAUAUAAUGCCACAAAAAGGAUCCAAGUGGUCUCGCCAUGUUACUCAUGAAUUUGCAUUAAAAACGGCUAACAUACCUUUAAUAGCUACAAUUGCGUCAGUUAGUAUGGAGAACAACUCAAUGAUGAUUGUUUUGACUGAUACAUCGAAGGAUGAAGAUGUACACAUUAACGACUGGUUAGUUAAAGAGAACCUAGUAAUACCAGGAAGAAAGAUGAACAAGGUUGAUAUGAACAAUCUUUUAUUAUACACCGAGGAGAAUUUGUUAAAACAUCCGCACUUAUGUUAUGAAGAGGAGGAACUUGAAACGUUGGACGAAGAAAAACAACAGAUACCUGAUCGAGAGAUCGUCAAUGCACCCUUAAUAUCACCGCAAAGUAUUUUAGAGAACACAGCGUUCAAGCCCUCGUCAGAAUUGGUAUUACGCGACGAAUAUAAAAUGUCACGAGAAGAAAAUGUUAAAAAUCAGAAUCUCCCGCCUCUUAAUUUAUUUAGAUGUAAUAGGAAUAAUCCAUUUUUACAAGGUGAACAACCUGUAUACGAAAUACAUCCUCAAGAAUUUACGCAAUUGUGGAACGAUAAUUUGUCAGUACAAGCGCAAAUAAGCGAGGCGCUCAGUCUGUUGAUCAAUAAAGUGAAUUCAGCGAAAGACGAAGAUAUCAUAAAUAAUAUAAAGAGUAUACUUUCAAAUGCUUACUCGCAAAUACCAAAUUGCACGGAUCCUCUGAAUGCAGCCAUUGCAGACAUUUGCAAAGAUACGAUUACUUCGAUCAGUUCUUAUCUCUGGGAAACAAAUUUCGAUAAGACUAAGAUACCAUUGUUCCUUACGUGUUCUAAUAACAGUAAUCAUUUCAAUGGGUACACUGAGCCCGUUCAAAACGGUAACGUUCAGGAAGCGAGUAACUAUCCUAAUUGGACGGGUAAUAAUUAUUUAAUACCUGGGAAUGAUUUAAUUAUACCGAAUCGACAAAACUGGGAAGUUGAACAGUUUGACCAAAGCAAAUUCAGUAUGAGCGUGAAAAAUUAUCUUACAAAGAAUAGCAUCGAUGCAGACUCAUCAAAACAUUUAUCCUUAAAUACCAAACUAUAUUUUCAAGCAGUUGAACUACAAACGGGUAUAAUUCACGUAUUUCAUUAUAUGCAUGAAGGAUGGUUGUUAUUAGAUGAAUUUGUUGAAAAAUUCACCCAAUUUGCAACGAGCUGGUACUUGCUUAACGACUUAAAAACACAUAAUGUGUUUAUCAAAGUUGAGGAAAUUGACCAAACUAAGAAUUCGAUAGAACCUUUGAAAACUAACAGUGUUAUGUUGAAAUCAACGCGGGAUAUAUUAAAUGGCGUAACUAAAUUAUAUUUAAUAUCAUUGAAUUCAGCUAUACGAGCAUUAUAUACGCUAAAAAUCAUUUCGCUAGACGAUGUCAAUGCCAUAUAUAUGUAUGAAACAUUUACAAGCAACUCUGUUGCAUAUGAAAUAUGGCUGAUCGUGAACCAUUACAAUAAGUUAAAAUGUGGUGUUGAACAACUAUGAUAACCAUGCAGUUAUAAUUGCAUAAAUUGUCCCAAUGAGCUGUGCAUGUAAUGUUAAUACUUAACAUGAUUCACAUAUUCCAAGCAAUAUAUAUUGCAGUAUAUAUAUACAUAUAU